AAACAGUUCGUGGGUUGCCUAUCAACCGCUCAUACACCGGCCCGACGCAUCACAACCAUGCUAGGGCUUGUUGAGUGUCAGUGUCAUACACGAGACACUAACUGAACGAUGGACUGAUCCUCGGCGUUUUGUUUUUCCGAACGCUAUCAAAUCGUUUCGAUUAAGCGCCGAACUGGAAUUUUGAGAUCAUUCCGGUUAUUUUGGGAUAUUACCGAAGUAGCUAGCCGAGAGCUACUUUGGCUUUGACCACUGCGUCCAGGCCAACAACCCUUAGAAAGGAGAGAUUAUCAGAACGAAGCACUCCCAUCUGUUUGACCGUCUCAUGAAAGCUAAACUCUGAAGUGCAGUCCAGCAGGGCAUGAAGGUGGAGUUUCAGUAUGCAGCUGUACUGAGGAUGCUGGCUGUCUUAGCUUUGCUCAUGAUGGCUACGACCAGUCAAGCGGAGUCCUGCCAAGGCCCUGGGAACUGCUCCACCGGCUCUAAGGACUUUUGCUAUUCGGCCCGGAUCCGCAGCACCGUGCUCCAGGGCCUGCCCUUCGGAGGAGUGCCCACCGUACUCGCCCUUGACUUCAUGUGCUUUUUGGUGCUGCUAUGUGUGUUCUCUUUCUUGAGGAAGGUGGCGUGGGAUUAUGGGCGCCUCGCAUUGGUCUCUGAUGCCGACAGCCGUAGGCGGAAUCAGCACUAUCAGCGUCUGGACGAGCAGGAAUAUGUGGCCUCCGCCAUGCAGACGCCUGCUGACUCCCGAUACGAGCGCCUCACCUCUGUGUCCAGCUCGGUCGACUUUGACCAAAGGGACAACGGCUUCUGUGCCUGGCUAACCGCCAUCUUCAGGAUAAAAGAUGAUGAGAUCAGGGAGAAGUGUGGGGAGGAUUCAGUGCACUACCUCUCAUUCCAGCGGCAUAUCAUUGGUCUGUUGGUAGUGGUGGGCGUGCUCUCCGUGGGCAUCGUCCUGCCCGUCAACUUCUCAGGAGACCUAUUAGAAGAUAAUGCCUACAGUUUUGGGCGAACUACAAUAGCCAACAUAAAAUCUGGUAAUGACCUGCUGUGGCUGCACACUACAUUUGCCUUCUUUUAUCUGUUACUGACUGUGUACAGCAUGAGAAGACACACAUCAAAGAUGCACUACAAAGAGGACGACUUGGUGAAACGCACUUUAUUCAUUAAUGGGAUCGCAAAAUAUGCUGAAGAGAGUCAAAUAAAGCAGCAUUUUGAGAAAGCAUAUGAAAACUGCAUGGUUUUGGAUGCUCGCAUUUGUUACGACGUUGCCAAGCUUAUGUCUCUGGAGUCUGAAAGAAAAAAGGCAGAGCGCAGCAAAAAGUUCUACACCGACCUGAUGGCCAAGGAGCACAUGUCCACUAUGAUUAACCCCAAACCCUGCGGUCAUCUCUGCUGCUGUAUCAUCGCGGGCUGCGAGCAGGAAGAGGCUGUGAACUAUUACACUAAGCUCGAGGCCAAACUAAAGGAAGAAUACAGGAAAGAACGAGAAAAAGUCAACACUAAACCUCUGGGAAUGGCUUUUGUUACCUUCCAGAAUGAAGCAAUGACAGCCCUCAUCUUGAAAGAUUUUAAUGCAUGUCAGUGUCACGGCUGUCACUGUCGACGAGAGCCGAAAAGCUCCCCCUUCAGCACCCUCCUCAACACAAACAACUGGACAGUCACGUAUGCUCCAGAUCCACAAAACGUUUACUGGGAGCAUUUGUCUGUUGGUGGCCUCAACUGGUGGUUACGCUGCUUUGUCAUCAACUGUUUUCUGUUCCUCUUGCUCUUCUUCCUCACCACCCCUGCCAUCAUCAUCUCCACCAUGGACAAGUUCAAUGUCACCAAACCCGUGGAGUACCUGAACAACCCCAUCAUCACUCAGUUCUUCCCUACUUUGCUGUUGUGGUGCUUCUCGGCCCUUCUCCCCACCAUCGUCUACUACUCUGCCUUCUUUGAGGCCCACUGGACACGAUCUGGAGAGAACAGAACCACCAUGCACAAAUGCUACACCUUCCUCAUCUUUAUGGUUCUGCUGCUGCCAUCUCUGGGACUGAGCAGUUUGGAUGUUUUCUUCCGCUGGCUCUUUGACAAGAAAUUCCUCGACGAGGCAACGGUCCGAUUCGAGUGUGUCUUCCUUCCAGAUAAUGGAGCUUUCUUUGUGAACUACGUCAUAGCGUCUGCCUUCAUUGGUAACGCCAUGGACCUGUUACGCAUUCCUUAUUUUCUUAUGUACAUGAUCCGGCUGUGUCUGGCACGUUCGGCUGCCGAGAGGCGCAACGUGAAGAAGCAUCAAGCUUAUGAGUUCCAGUUUGGAGCUGCUUACGCCUGGAUGAUGAAUGUCUUUACUGUGGUCAUGACCUACAGCAUCACCUGUCCAAUUAUUGUACCUUUUGGACUGAUGUACAUGCUACUGAAGCACCUGGUGGACAGGUAUAACAUGUAUUAUGCCUACCUGCCUUCCAAACUGGACAAGAAAAUCCAUUCUGGAGCGGUCAACCAGGUGGUGGCCGCACCAAUCCUUUGCCUUUUCUGGCUGCUCUUCUUCUCUACUGUCCGUACAGCAUUUGUUGCUCCAACAUCAAUGUUUACCUUUGUGGUUCUGAUCAUCACCAUCAUCAUUUGCCUCUCCCACGUCGUCUUCGGUCAUUUCAAAUACCUCAGUGCACACAAUUACAAGAUCGACAUGGACGGUGUGGACAAUGGACGACCACUGGGUUCAUCUCCACCUGUCAAGUCUGUGCAGACAUACGUCGCCCAAGUGCUACAGGACCCAAACACAGAUGAGACGGGAAGUGAGGAGGGCCAGGGGUCAUCGCAGGAGGAGGAGGUGGUGACCGAAGGUGAUUUCCAAUCAGGAGAGGACAGUCUUAUUGAGAACGAGGUGCAUCAGUGACCCAGGCAGGGCCACGCCGUGUGCUGAACUUAGAGAAACUAGCAAGACUUCAACUUGACCAAACGGAGAUCCACUGCACCUCGCUACACCUUCUGAGCGUGUGAAUCCACCACGGCUCACAGCUAAAACACUCAUUUAUCAUUGAGGCUUGGAGACAGGAUGGCCAAUUGUCAAGAAUAUGGAGUGGCUUGUGAUUGUUCUCCAACGAUUAGAAACUUGAGUUUCAUCAUUCUUCUUUACAUUGGUUACCCUGUUCGUACGGAGCUUCUUGCCGUUGCAAGCGCAUGUCUAGUAAAUAAGACCAAGAUCAGUAAUGAUUGCUCAUAAUUUGCAAUUAAAAUUAGAAUUUACCUAUGUUAUGAUGAAGUGACUCAGCUAUAGUGCUAUCUCAGUUGGGGAGGAAAAUUGUAUAUUAGGGUAUAUCACAAAGAGAGGGCAGAUUUCACCUACAAAACCUGUACAUGACGAAAAUCUAAAAGGAUUUCUUAGGAAAUGAGAUACAUAGGAUAAUGGUCCACUAAACAGUUUGUUGAGAGUUAAAACAAAAAUGGAUACAUGGUAAUGGAAAGGUAUGAUUAAACCAGUCAGAAUUAUGUAUUCAGACAGCCAUGUAAUCAUUUACAAUAACUCAUUUUUAGCAACACCAUAUCUCCAUCUUAACCAUCUGUAGCACACAGAAAGCUUUUGGAAUAAACACCAGUAAUCUGAAUGUUCCUGAAAGUUUUGAGUUUUGGUUCAGAAGUGAGACGUUAUUUUCUUCGUCUCAGCUGAAAUGGCACUAUAGCACAAUAUUUUCGGAGAUGAGCAAAUUAAUUUACUCAACUUUUAUUCUUCUCUACCAAAGUGAAUGUACUGUAUCUAACAAAGACUAUUACUAGUCCCUCUCGUAUAAGGAAUUGUUGGAAAACACGGGAUCGAAAAACUCACUCCAGCCUGCUGAAUUAACCGAUUGUGAGGGAAAACAGCCGCCGAACACUAAUCGUCUCACUCUUUACUUGAACUGGAAAAGCCACUUUUAGACUGUCUGACAGACUCGAGGCAAAUCACCAUCCCUGGAUCUGUUCCCCUGUCCACCCGUACGUCUUCUGCGCAUCCAGUGUUUAAAUGUAAGCCUACACAUCGCUCAAGCAUACCUGCGAUAUGCUCGGUAUGACGCUUCUUUCGAAAUCGAGGCAUCGAAUGGACCAAUUUUAAAUGGUGUUGCUCUACUGUGGAAUGUCCUGUCGAUAACUGAUACUGUAGCAAAAAGAAUUUAAACGCACAGCAGAUUCCAGUUGUGGACUAAAGGUGGAAUUUGUGAAUGUGAAUAUAUUUUUUUCCUUUUUUGUUAUGCAUGGGUAUGGAAUAACGGUUUCAUCAGGUUUUGUUGACUUAAAUUUUUUUUCAUUUUGUUGCCACUAAGAAGUGAUGUACACAAUACCAUUUGUGAUCACUUACUCGUAAACACUGUAAAAACAAAAAAAAGUGCAUGGGAAACGUAAUCAGAAAUCCCCGAACAUCCUCAACUUUUGGUUUAUGAUGACAGCAAGAUUUUGGGUCUCUAGGUCAUUCGGGGUCACAUUUCCUAAAUGAGACCUUAUUUAUUGCAAUAGCGGUGUGUUCCUUUACAAUUUUACAAGCGAACUGGAAUAACAGACACUGUUCCGUGGUUCUUACCUGUGUGCAUUUACAAGCUUUUUGCCGACACCCUUGCAGUUGUGAGCUUAUUUGACUGGGGUUUAUGCUUCAUUUAUUGGUUGAAGUCUGGAAAAAAAGAACACAAAAAACGAGUUCAUUGACUACUAUUUAUUAGCCACUUUUUUUUUAAACAACCACACUCUUUAUAUCCGUUUUGUCCUCGCGUUCAGACAUUUUUGCUACUGCGUCCAUUAUAUACAUAUUGCAUAUAUGCUCUCCGUGCAUUGUCGAAAUGCGAGUCAGAACCCGAAACGAAAUAUUUUUUAGUUUAGUUCCUCUCAAAAUAAGCAGACAAAGGCUGUGCCUGAGUACUUGCUUUAAAAUGUAACUACUUAAUUUUUUUUUUUCGUCCAGCCUUUAAUUGGUUGACCUUUCCCAGCUAGUGGACCUAAAUAGUUCUCAUUGUCAUUUAUUGUUUACAGAAAUAGCGGUGCAGUGUUUAAACUGUCAUUUUCUGCAACAAAUGUUAACUUGAAACAGUUGUCGGUGUGUGUAAACUUGUGAAUUAGAACAUAUUAGUGAUAUUUUUAGUUAAUUUAUGUAAAUCACACUAAUCUACCAAUCGAUCACUGAGGAGCUUUGUAACUGUUAAAUGCAAAUAACACUGUAGGCUAUGCACUUCAUGUGGAAUAUGUAACAUUAUCAUGGUGUAUGUAACGAUAUCAAGCCAUUUUUGUCAGUGAUCUCAUUUGGAUAACAUUGAGUAACUGCAGUGCUUUGUCGGUCUGACGCUCUUGCUGCUUAGAUACUGUAGAUGAUGACCAUAUGACUGCAUCCUGGAUCUAUUUAAGGAAAAACACUGUCUUCAAGCAUGAUGCGGCAAUAAUUUAUUUAUGCAUCUUUAUAGGCUUUUCCCAUUUGUUACAGAUGUUGUCCACAAUAUUUAUUUCUUUUGUCUAUUACUUUUCCUAAUUUUGAAUUAACCGGCCCACUGGCCUGGAUUGAAGUGGUUAAAUCAGUGUAAUAUUUUUGUAAAUAGAAGCAUUGCACUGCUCUCGGAACACUAAACUAUAUUUACAUUUGUACAGCUUAGCCAGCAAAACCAUGUACAGUCAACCAUGAAUUGUUUGCUUUUGUCCAUUCGGAGUUCCCCUUAAGAUCGUACUUUGCUUGCAGUUGCUGUUUUUAAUAGUUUUGUAUCUCAACCUUCCCUCAAAUGAUCUUUUGUACAGUGUCAUCCUCAAACUCUUCCAUGUCUUUGAACAAUAAAAUAGACUGACAAAACCAUA